AUGGAAGCCUUGCCAACCUACCUCGAAAGUUUCUGGCAUAGUGGAGGAGGUACCAUGGGAAUUUCAAUUUUGGUUAUGCUGUCCACAUUCCUGGCCUUGGGAACAAUAUUCGUCUACAGAAUCUGGCUGCAUCCGCUCUCAGGGUUUCCCGGCCCCAAGUGCUGCUCUGUGUCUUCGAUACCUGUUGCAUGGGCUCAGUUACGGGGGCGGAAUCAUGAAUUUGUCUCUUCCCUCCAUAGAAAGUACGGAAGUGUUGUUCGUAUCAGCCCGAGUGAGCUUUCCUUCAUCUCGGGAGCAGCAUGGAACGACAUCUAUUCGCGAAGCAAGGGUAGACCGGCCUUGGAGCGUGAUCGGACAUUCUUCAAUGACAUGUUAGUCGACCCGGAGACAAUUACCAUGGCUAACGAGGCCACGCAUAGUCGGAUAAGGCGCGCUAUGGCACCGGCCUUUUCACCUCGCGCCCUCCUGGAGCAAGAACCCAUCAUCCAAGCCAAUAUAAAGCUGCUCAUGGAUAAGCUCGAAGCUCGGGCAGGGAGUGGAGGAGCUCCCACGGACCUGCGAGCAUGGUUUAACUACACCACAUUUGACCUGAUUGGCGACCUUGCCUUCGGGGAAUCAUUUGGCUGCCUGGCCACCUCCACCUGUCAUGAAUGGGUGCAGUUUGUACUGGACCACUUCUACACAUCUACGCUUCUACAUGUGGUGCACCGGUUCCAUCCAUUCAACCGAGUACUGGCCGCGCUGUUGCCAAAAUCACUAAUCGAAAAACGAAAGGCACAUGACAGUAUGACUUUGACAAAGGUGCAUCGUCGACUGGAGGUGCAAGGCCGGCGAAAUGAUUUCACACAGCACCUGUUGGAUGCAGCAGAGGCGGGCACCCUAUCGUCCCGGGAGGUAGAAAAACAGGCGAGUGUCUUAAUCCUAGCCGGAAGUGAAACUACAUCGGUGGCACUCACCUUUGCGAUAUACCUCGUAUUGACAAACAAACCGGUCCUGGAUCAACUGAAUGAUGAGCUGCAUAGCACUUUCAAAGAGGAGCAGGAGAUCAAUCUGCUGUCGGUUAAUCAAUUGAAAUACCUCCAUGCGGUGAUUCAAGAAGCUUUGCGGUUUUGUCCCCCUAUUUCCAACGGAUUUCCACGACAGACUCCUCCACAAGGAGCUACAGUUGACGGAAUGUUUAUACCAGGCAAGACCGUUGUCAACAUAAACCACUGGGCUGCCUAUCGGUCCCCUCGAAAUUUUACUCUCCCCGAGCAAUUCCUACCAGAGCGAUGGCUCGGAGAUCCACGUUUCGACGAGGACGCUAAAGAUGUAUUUCAGCCGUUUUCCGUUGGCCCUCGAAACUGCAUUGGAAAGAAGUUUGCGUAUGACAGCAUGAAGCUCAUCUUAGCCAAAUUUCUGUGGAGAUUCAAACCCACUCUGCUGGACAAAAGCCGAAGCUGGCUGGCCCAUCAGCCAACCUUUGUAUCCUUUCACCAGCCGCCAUUGUUGGUAGACUUGGAAAUCAAGGGCAGUGACGCUUUCCCAGUCCGUGAAUGA